GCUGAUCUUAAAGGGUCGCUUGUGUCUGAGGAGAGGAUGAUUACUUUCGAAACAUUUAACUGGUUUUAUUAAUAACUGUGUAAUGAUGAUGUAUCAUCGUCUUUUCGUGAUUGCCGGUCUGUUGUCAGCUUAUAUAGGUGGAUCCUCUGCUCAGGAUCAGCCACUGCAGGUUCUUGCCUUUGCUGGUGGAGAUGUUAUUCUACCGUGCAGUUUUAAUAUCUCUGACAAGGAAGACUUUCCGACUGUUGAGUGGUCCAAGGAAGGCUUGAAGCCAGAUGUUGUCUUCUUGUACCGGGAUGGUUGUGAGGCCUACGAGAUGAAGAAUCCAGCCUUUGAGUACAGGACAAGCCUCAUCGUGAAAGAGCUGAAAGAUGGAAACAUUUCAUUACGGAUCUCCAAUGUGCAGGUUUCUGAUACUGGAAAGUACAAAUGCCUGAUAUUCCAGAAAAAUGCCAUCAGGAAGGUUACAAAAGUAGAGCUGGUUGUGGUGGCUGUUUCGGAGCCAAAGCUUUCGGUGAUUUCAGUGGAGGGCGGUGACAUAGCUCUGCAUUGCGAAGCAAACUGCUGGCGGCCAGAGCCUCAGAUAACAUUUCUUGAUGACAAAGGAAAAAAGAUCUCUGAGGAAAAUCCAAAAAGAGAACAAGAUGCCCGUGGAUGUUUCACUGUGACACGAAGAGCCACUCUGCAAAGAGCUACCAGCAGUGUCACCUGCAGAGUUCAUCAACCAGAGUUUAACCAGACAAGGGAAACAACGAUCCUCAUACCAGUGUUAUGUCAUUUUAGCUUGCUGUAUGAAAUCUGAUCUUCAAAUUGUUGCCAUCACCAUUGGAGGAACAGCUGGGUUUCUCUUAGCUGCAGCUGGACUGAUUGCUCUUUUGUUUAAGCCAUGUGGCAAAUUUGGUAAGUAACAGUUCUCAACUAAAAGACGAAAACAAAAACAGUGCUACAAAAAGGCAAGCCAUGGAGCCAUAUACUUUUAUAUAUAUAUUGAGGAGCUUUGACAUAUUUUAUAGUGAGGUAUGUCCAGUGAUCAGUAAUCAGUAUUGGGAAGUGCACACACUGAUUCUUAAUAACAUUAUGACCACUGAUUUUGUCUUCAUCAUAGCACCUGUUAGUGGGUGGGAAACAUUAUGGAGCAAGUGAUCAUUUUGCCCUCAGAGUUGAUGUUAGAAUCAGAGAAAAUUGGCAAGUCUAAGAAAUUGUAAUUGUUAGGCUUGUCAGAGUAUUUCCAAAACUGCAGACCUUGCGCGGUGUUUCUAGUCUAGAGUGGUCAAAAUCUAUGAAAAAUGGUCCAGGAAAGGAACAGUGGUGAACCAGCAACACGAUCAUAGGUGGCCAAGGUUCACUAAUUGUUGUGGGAAACACGGGCUCGUCCGUCUGGUCCAAUCCAACAGACACACUACUGUAGUUCAAAUUGCAAAAUAAGUUAAUGCCUGUUCUGAUAUAAAGGUGUCAGAAUACACGGUGCAUUGCAGUUGUAUAAGGGGCUGCAUAGCCAAAGACCAGUCAGGGUGGCAGUGCUGACCAUUGUCCAACACUGAAAGCACCAACAGUGGACACAUGAGCAUCAGAACUGCACCUCAGAGCAAUGGAAGAAAUGUUCAGCUGGAUGGCCAGCUGUGUUUGUGUUGCUUACCUGGGGAACACCUGGUAUCAGGGAGAAGAGCAAGCUGUCAGAGGCAAUGUGAUGCUUUGGACAAUGUUCUGUUGGGAAACCUUGGGUCCUGCCAUCCAUGUAGAUGUUAUUUCGAUGUACCACCUGCCUAAGCAUUCUUGUAGACAAUCACCCUUUCAUGUGCAAGGUGUUCCCUGAUAACUGUGGAACCUUUCGGCAGGAUAAUGCACCCCUACCACAAAGCAAAAAUGGCUCAGGAAUGGUUUGAGGAGCCCAACAACAAAUUUGAGGUGUUGACUUGCCCUUCAAAUUCCCCAGAUCUCAUUCCAAUCUGUUUGUCUGUUUGACGUACUGGACAAAUAAGUCCUGGGAAUUCCUUUCCCAAAACAGUGAUUGGGAAAGUGUUUUCUGAAGUCAUAAAUAAAGUUAAAAGUAGGAUAAUUUUCUUAUAGCUGUCUAUACAUUUUGGUUUCUUUCUACAACCAUAUUCAGCUGAUUUGUUUUUAAAUUUCACAGCUAUUGUAAAGCAGCCAGUGACUAGGAAGUCAUGGGAUCGAAGUAUAACAUGUGAAAGUGACUUCCUACUAACAACUGAUGACAACUUGGUAAAUCGCCACUCUGGGCAGAUGAGUGAGUUUCUUAUGGACGAUGAGACCAUAAAAAUACAGAACAACAAAGUUACUCACUACGACAGGACAACAAUUGUUCGACGCCAUUCCACAACCACAGGAGAUGGAGAUGUUCCAAAACCCUCACAAUUAUUCUUAAAUCAUAGCCCUGACAUUAACAACGUCACCAGUGUGUACAAUCCAAACCCAUCUUCAGCUUCAACCAGCAUUAACAUUACAAAAUCUGGCAACUUACCCAAAAGCAGGGGUUCGAAAAUUGUUAUCAAAAGACAAGACAGCUUUCCAGGACCUGGCCACAUAUCUCAAAGAAACCACCGUAUGUACAGCAGUCCAAAUAUUUUACAACUACAUUCACCAACAUCCAACCCUUCUUCUGCUCUCAGUAGCCACCAGAUGAUCAACUCCAGUGUCUCACCCCAUCGAAACACCCGCCUUCCUCAGCGUAGACACUCCUCAGUACUUCCACAUUUAGCAGAAUUUAAUAAGCAUCACAACCUCCUGAGAAAUUUACCUGAAGGAGAUGAACAGAAAAGUUUAUUAAGAAAUGAAAACAAAAGGAAACGCAAAUUGUACUAGAAUAAUUGCACAGCAAGGUAAUGCUCACUUGGUUCAAAUGAUUGAAACUCGUUAACUGAGCAAUAGGAGCUGAAAUUGAACACCAGUGACUGAAGCGUGGAGUAGGAGCUUGACAGUCAGCUGCAGUGUCUGCAGUGACGUAAGUGUUGCACUGGCUGUUGUGGUGCCUCAGUGUUGUUGGAAAAGGGGGGAUCUUGGCAUCACUGCUUAGAUUGUUACCUCUAGAUAAGAGUUCAAAUAAGUAGUAGAAAAAAUGGAAUUUAAAAGAACUGAGCCAGCCCAGUGGGGUAUUUCCAGAAAACUGAGCUAGUCCUACAGAAUCAGAAUCAGAAUACUUUAUUAAUCACUAAGGAGAGUAUGUAAGAGAUACAGGUCUUUGAAUUUUAUUUUAUUUUUUGCAUUACCAUUUGCAAAAUCACACAGACCAUGAUGCUUUACCAUGAUUUGGGGGAAAAAACAAAAUGUUCUGUGCUGAAAUUAGCAUGGAUAUAGUAGAUCUUUUACAAGAACCUAAAUCAAGUUAGCUCACUGGCUUCUUUUUUUUUUUUUUUAAAUUAUUAUUGAAUUAUUGUAUAUAGCAUUAUGUAUUCAUGAUGCUCAUACAUUAACCUUUUUGUUCUUUAAUUAAAAAUAUUUCCAGGUUUUUGCAUGAAAGUUUCUUUAAUUGAAACUUUACAUUUGCUAAACUUGGACAGUGACCUCUGUUUCAGUGGCUCAUGUUAAAAUGUUUGUGUCAUCUAUCAUCUGUAAUCCCAAAUGAUAUCAUUUUUGUUUGGUGAUGUUUUUGCACAAGGGCAUGCAUUCAUUUAACUUAAAGUAGUUUACAAAUCUCUCAGCACAAUGUCCCAACAAAGUCCUGUGUUCUAAUAUGAUUUUCUCAAAUAUGUUUAUAACUCUAAACUAUAUAUAUAUAUAUAUAUAUAUAUAUGUAUGUAUGUGUGUAUGUGUAUAGUAUUAUAUUAUACUGGGAUUUACUGCAUUUGCAAGAAUGUGUAAAAGUAUACAAAAGCUUAUGAUGUCAACAGAACAACUGAAACUUGUCUUUUAUUGUUUUGUUUGGGGUGUUAGGUUUUUAAGUUAUAUUUACAUAUCAUUAAUUAGUCUAGAUUUUUUUUUAACUUUAUUAUGACUCUGAAAAUACAGCUUACCAUGGGUUUUUUGUUUUUGUUUUUUCUUUACACAUUAAUUUAAUGAUAUUACUAUAAUUCUACCUGCUUAGAGUUUAAAGCUUAAAGAUUUUGAAUAGUUAUAGGAUAUCUGUCAUAUUCAGAUGACAUCUAUUCAGUGGGUGUUAUUAGCAAUAAUUAGCCAUAGAUAUGGGCCAGUAGGGGCCCUCUACUCCUGUAUAUGUAAAAACAAAAACAUUAUUUUUAAAAUGUUAUUUAGAUUUUGCUAUUGAUUCAAAUCUUGCAAUUUGUUUUUGUGAUAGGUAAUGGUUUUUCUUUUAAAAUGUUUCUGUGUGUGUUUGCAAUA